AUGCAUGACAAGCAAAUUUGUGUGCUUUCAGAUAUCAACGAUAGACUGCCACCAGAAGCCCGACAGAUCCUGGACGGCAUGCUGCCGACAGGCGAGAAGGUUUCAGCUGAAGCUGCUGCUGCAGCGUAUGCGAGCAUGUUCGCUUGGCUCCGGGACCAGCGGUCUUGGGUGUUUCCUUCGCAGCCUACAUGUCAUUGCAUCGUUCAUGAGGGCAUGUGUCCUGUGUUUCCUCAGGGUAGCGAUGCUGGCCAAAGGUCUUGCACCAUGCCGUCGCAGCAGAAGCUCAGGGUAAAUGUUGCCGGGACUACGUGCAUCGGUUGGAGCCAAGCAGGCAAAGGCCUUCACUUUGCCGAUCCCAGCGAGAGGCCUCAUGCUAUCUGGGCUACUGAGCGUCUUCGGCGUGCUGAGCUUGAAAGAGAGGAUGUUUUCUUCUCCGAAUGUACGCCGAGAUAUCCUGUGAAGGAGAAGCUUGGAUUCUUGGACGAAACCCAUGAGCUUCUGAGCGUGAAGCUGGACCCGAUGAUGCUUGGUUGGCCUGUGAGACGGACUCGACUUUUCACAGUGGGACUGAACAAGCGCACGAUGGCAUGGUUGGGCCCGGAUCAAGAUGAUGUUGCUGCUGACUUCUUGAGGUUUUACGGCGUGGACUUGAAGCUCACCGCGGACGUCUUCCUGGUUGCAACGGACGACGAGGUCGCGGAGGCAAAGUCCACAAUGGCUGCACGAAGGGGCUUUAGUGGCAGCAGCAAUCAGCAACUGAAGCUUCACGAGAUCUAUGCUCCUGGGCACUUGCUUCGCUACCAGGACUACGACAAGUACUUUGCCGAAUGUGUUAAAUCUGGUCAGAUUUCGGGAAAGAGCUUCUUUGCUGAUUUGGACCAGAACCUGGGAAGAGGAGCGAGCACCCCCGGUGAGGUGCUACCUUCUUGCUUGACUCAUUGGACGAUCCAUGCUUGGAGUGCAGCACGAAUGGUUCUGAACCAGGAGGUCUACCUUGCACACGGGUUCAACUUGUAUCCGGAGGCCACAGGCUGGCCAGUGCCGUGCAGCAUGCGGGAUGUCUUGAAGUCGCUAGCCAACAGCUCUCAGAAGCAGCUGGUCGGCAAUGGGUGGCAUUUGCCCGCCCUUGCUGCGUUCAUGUUCUACGUUUUGGCGCACACCGUGCGUCUGGAUCGCAAUGCCAGCAUCGAGCCAGAGAAGACUUUGCUUCGACGAGGCGGGUCAGACUUUAGCGGCCUGGGCAGCACACCGUCCCGCCUGUCUGUGAGCAGCUUGGAUGGAUCAGGCUCAGACUUGCUGAUGGGCCUGCAGAGCUCCCAGGAAACGGCCGUGGACGAUGACGAGGACUCGCAGAAAACGUUGAUUCUUGGCUGUUUCCGAUGA